GGGAAAGGGCCUUCUGAGGGCUCUUUGGGGUUCAUCCCUGCCUGAGGCUGGUUGGCUGUCCAGGGAUUUUCCCCCACCCUUCUUCUAGGCCUCAAGGCCUUGGGCUUUUCCUGAAUUCCUUUCAAUACCCUCGGUUGCCCACACCCCUUCCUUGCCUCCCCGUCAGCCUGUCUCCUUUGCUGGGUUUACCUCAGCAAGCCCGCUUCAGGGGAUUCUCUAGGGUCCCUUCUCUUUCUCCCCGCCUUCUCCAUUAUAAAAUAUAAUGCUGAGUUUUCAUUUCCCCCCUCCCAUUCCCUCAGAAAUCAUACUGAAAGUGAAAUCAUAUUUAAUUAUUUUUAUUCCUCCUCGGAAAUUAUAUUGACCUUUAAAAACGUUUCAUUUUGCCUCCCCCCUACAAAAACCAAAAUUAUUUUACCUUCAUUCUCAGAAGUUACACUGACGUUUAUAACGUUUAAAAGAUGGAGGGGAAGAGAAAAAACGAAAGGCACUAUAAACGUUAUAGUGUUAUAGGAUUGGGGGGUUGGUCUGGAUGAUGUCUUGGGGUCCCCUUACAGCCUGUGAUUUUGAAUCUGUAGAGAUGGAGUUGUAGCAGAGGAACCUGCUAUACUGGUCAAGCCAGUUUCUUCGUGUCCCUCCAUAUCCUCUUGGGUUUCCUGGCCCCUCAAAUGACUUCCUUACCACCUUGGUUCUUAGAAACCAUAAAUGUAUUUCCGUCUUCCCACUUGCUCUCUGCAUUAUGGACCAACUCCCCCCCUCAAAAAAAAACUUCUGAAAGGGGUCUUCAAAAAGUGACCAUAUGAAAUCUUAGAACCAACUUCUGCUCACCAUUGAGCAAGAUGUGAUAACAUCUUCCUGUCCAGCUUUUGCAAUCUGUGGCUUUGCAUUAAACCUUUGACCAUACAGAUAAUUUAUAAAUGCAUUUCUUCUAGUUAAGGCUGCUUCCUCUGGGGCAGAAUAAGCUGAUAUUUAAGCAUGGAUUUUCAUUUGGUGAGAAAAUAGAAGUGGGCCUCCUUGGUGAUAGCACCCACUCUCUGGAAUGCCCUUCCUCAGGAAAUUUGUGAGCGGAAGACACAGAUGUUCUCUGCCUUGGUCAACAGGAAUAACCUUACCUCUUGUGACUUACUCCAGACCUGUGCCUCAGGCUGUUGUCUUUCAGCUUGGCUUCCUGCACUUUUUCCAGGCAUCCUGCCACCCUGUUUUGCCUCUGGACUUCUUGCACCUACAACACUCACCAACUUGUCUUGGGCCUCUGACAUUCCAUGGCGAUGUCAUCUCCCCCAGCGCCGCCAGCCAAAAAGCGGAAAAUGAACUUCUCAGAGCGGGAAGUGGAGAUCAUUGUGGAGGAGCUGGAGCGGAGCAAGCACCUGCUUAUCAACCACUUCAACGCUGGCGUGCCGCUGGCUGCCAAGGCUACUGCUUGGCAUAACAUCCUACACCGUGUGAACGCUGUUGCCACCUGCCGCCGGGAGCUGCCCGAAGUCAAGAAAAAAUGGUCUGAUCUCAAGACUGAGGUGCGGCGCAAGGUAGCACAGGUCCGGGCUGCAAUGGAAGGUGGUGGUGAUGGCCAGGAUGGAGGAGUCGAGGGACAGGAUACUGAGGGUCCAGCAGGUGCCACGGCUGCCCCAGUUAUUCUCACUCCCAUGCAGCAGCGCAUCUGUAACUUGCUGGGAGAAGCCACCAUUAUUAGUCUGCCCGCUGGAGAUUGCACUGCUGCAGAUGGAUCUGAAAUACCUAUUACUGCUACAGCCACAACUGUCACCCUUACUCAGAUUCCAGCGGAGACAACAUACCAUAGUCUGGAGGAUGGUGUUGUGGAGUACUGCACAACAGAAGCCCCCACCACAGUCACUGCCGAAGCCCCCUUAGAGAUGAUGGCUCAGCAAGCAGAGGUCUCCGUGAAGCCUCAGGAGCUGAAGAGCCGGAUCGCCCUGAACUCGGCCAAGCUCCUGCAGGAGCAGCGAGUGACCAACCUCCAUGUGAAAGAGAUCUCCCAGCACCUUGAGCAGCAAAACGACCUGCUGCAGAUGAUCCGUCGCUCUCAGGAAGUGCAGGCCUGUGCACAGGAGCGCCAGGCCCAGGCCAUGGAAGGGACACAGGCGGCUUUGAAUGCCCUCAUCCAGAUCCUUCGCCCCAUGAUCAAGGACUUCCGUCGGUUUUUGCAGAGCAAUACACCUGUCCCUUCAGUGGCUGCAGAUCCCAGCCAAGCAGCUCAAAAUGGACAAGAUGGCAUAAUUCAGUGAAAAAAAUGGACAAGGUGGCUGAAGUAAAGCCUUGCAGACAGACGGGGUCAAGAGAAUGGGCAGGCGGCUUCUUCAUCUUUCCCAGCAUGUGCCAACUGGUUCGACACCUGCCUUUUGAAGCUGGUCUUGCUUUUUUUAAAAAAAAUGUGUUCACAGUUUCUUGAUGUGGCCUUUUACAGGGCAUAUGCGACAGACUCAUAAAUUAACUUUAGACUUUAAAAAGUGGAAAAAUAGAUUUUAUAUAAAAGAAACCCCUUUUUUGUUUUCUUUUAUUGUGUAAAGGAGGACCAUUUUCAGGGCUUUUACCUUAAGGUUAGCAUCGUCAGAUAAUGGUAAGAGUCUUGAGGAGACAACAAAAAUGAGACCUGUCAAAGGUUGCAGUUCUAAAGACUCUGUCAGUUAAUCAGAUUUAUUUGUGACAGCCAUUGGUCAUCACAGAAAUACAAGAGAGAUACAAACAGAUUUGAGUUACAUUUUGGCAUAGAUGGUCCCCAACGCACUGGGCCCCAUGUUGUACAAUUAAAUCUCGUCUAACCUGUCGUGUGUAUGC